AUGUUUACGCAUUUUGAUGCAGUGGCAAAGCCGAAAGCUAAGGAGAAACCAAAAAUUAGGUGAGUCGUGGUUUUUUAAAAUAAAAUUUGUGAUAAAAAGCACGUGGCUUUCCAGAUUUUCAAAUAAAAAAAUUGCAAAAUUCAAAAAUUGCCACGUAGAUGUUCCAGAAUUAGUCUUCAUUUCCAAUUAUUUCCAGAGAACACGCCAUCGAAAAGCCACCAUCAAUUCAAACUCCUCAAACCCUUUGUGUCAAAAUAUUCCCUCCCUUCGCUGAAUUUAUAGAUUUUGGCGGGGCCUCAAAACACACUAUCACAAAUUGUAGCUCAUGUCGGAUAGUUUUCAAAAUCAAGUGUAGUGAUAACGCAGUUUUCAAGGUAGGUUGAGAAUUUUUGAAUAUUGCCACGUAAUAAAAUUUGAAAAUCAAAAUUCGGAUCUCAAACAUCUAUGCUAUAUUUUGAAGAGUAUAUUGCUUCACCAAGAUCCAGAAUUCUCCAAAAUUCCAGGUUUCCCCAGUGCACGCUUUUCUCGAUCAAGCCGCCUCUACCGAGCUUCAAAUCCUCCGCAAAGAGGGACCACCCAAACAAGACAAACUAAUAAUUGUGCUGAAGGAGGCCAAAAAAUCCGACAAAGAUGCCAAACUCUCAUUCGAAUCCGAUCUAACCACCGUGAAACAUGUCAUUCCAUUACUAACGGUCAGUUGACUGACCAAUUAACCUACCAUUUCUGAACUUUUGAAAAUCCUUGGUUUUUAGCGUAUUGUCGAGGAGUUCUGA